CUCUCUGGAGCUUCAUUCCUGUGCACGAUCCGAGAGACACAGACGGUUUAACGGAGCAGCCAGGAGUGGAGAGGUUCGCUCAGGGAAUAAAUAUCUGUGAACCGCGCGGCUGUUUUCUUUACAGGAAUACCUUUGGGUCACGGACGCACGUGAGCGCGCACAUGCUGAAAUGGGACCACUAGGCAUGGUUCUGACUCAUCUGCUCUGAACUGCUGACAAAAGUAUCGGGGAAUAUCCCAGGGCAGGUUGUUUUGUAGCAAAAAUCCAAUCGGGAAUGUUGUCUGGAUGGUGACCGAGGACUGGACUACCUGCUCUCCCAUUUGCUCAGUGCGCAGGGAAGGGACGCACCCGCUGCCUGCCUCCUCUCUGGUUUAAUACGGCGCUUUGAGGAUCAGUGAAAAUAACAAAAAGGCGUGAAGGACUUUAAUUUUUACACAUUAAUUCGGAGGGUGGUAAAUAAAUCCCGUGAACUCUCACCCCUGUGCGUUUUGUUGAAUGGGGAUACCACUGAUUCUGGAGCCCUGACGCAGCAGCUGUGACUAGGACGGGACGAGGGGUGCGUGGAGCUUUGGACCGGGGAUUGUUUUCCAGCGCCACUCUUCUCAGCCGCGGCUCUGUUUUCAUGUCCAAGUUGACCACUUUGUGACAAUGGAUUACUUUCUGCUUUUAUGCAGCCUCUUGGUGUCUGUGGUCUACGCCGUUGAAGAGACACUGAUGGACACGAAGUGGGCCACUACAGAGUUAGCUUGGACAGCACAUCCUGAGAGUGGGUGGGAAGAGGUGAGUGGCUAUGACGAUGCUAUGAAUCCCAUCCGGACGUAUCAAGUCUGCAAUGUACAACAGGUCAACCAGAAUAACUGGCUACGUAGUGACUUCAUCCCACGAAAAGAUGUACUACGUGUAUAUGUAGAGAUGAAAUUCACAGUUCGUGACUGCAACAGCAUUCCUAAUAUACCAGGUUCCUGCAAAGAAACCUUCAACCUUUUCUAUUAUGAGUCUGACUCAGACUCAGCCACUGCCACCAGCCCUUUCUGGAUGGAGAACCCUUACGUGAAAGUGGACACUAUUGCCCCGGAUGAGAGCUUCUCAAUGCUUGAGACUGGACGAGUAAACACAAAAGUCAGAAGUUUCGGGCCACUAUCCAAAGCAGGUUUUUAUCUGGCCUUCCAGGACCUCGGCGCUUGCAUGUCCCUCAUCUCAGUAAGGGUAUUUUACAAAAAGUGCUCCACAACAAUCGCCAACUUCGCAGUUUUCCCAGAAACAGCUACAGGAGCUGAGGCGACCUCCUUGGUUAUUGCUCCAGGAACUUGUGUUCCCAAUGCUUUGGAGGUGUCAGUGCCGUUGAAACUCUACUGCAACGGAGAUGGAGAGUGGAUGGUGCCUGUUGGAGCAUGCACAUGUGCAGCUGGUUUUGAACCAGCCAUGAAGGAAACCCAGUGUCAAGCUUGCAGUCCCGGAUCCUUCAAGUCCAAACAAGGGGAUGGUCCCUGUUUUCCCUGCCCAGCCAAUAGUCGAGCCACCUCUGGAGCUGCCAGCAUUUGUUCCUGUCGAAAUGGUUAUUAUCGCUCUGACACAGAUACUCCAGACUCCCCAUGCACCACUGUUCCAUCAGCUCCACGCAGUGUCAUCUCAAGUGUUAAUGAAACAUCGCUCCUGCUAGAAUGGAGCGAACCUCGGGACAUGGGCAGCCGUGAGGAUAUCUUUUACAACGUCAUCUGUAAAAAGUGCCUUCCUGAGCGAGGAAUGUGCUCACGGUGCGAUGACAACGUAGACAUUUCGCCACGUCACCUGGGUCUGACGCAACGCCGUGUGACCGUACGCAACCUCCAAGCCCACACACAGUACAGCUUUGAGAUCCAGGCGGUAAACGGCGUGUCCAACAAGAGCCCUUAUGCCCCUCAGUUUACUGCUGUGAACAUCACUACGAAUCAGGCUGCUCCAUCUGCAGUCCCAACAGUCCAUCUAAUGGCAGCCACAGCAAGCACCAUGAGUCUGUCCUGGCUUCCUCCAGAAAAACCCAAUGGAAUCAUUCUGGAUUAUGAGAUUAAGUAUCAUGAAAAGGAUCAGGGUGAGGCUAUUGCCCACACCAUGACCGCCCAAAGGAGCAACGCCCGGAUUGAAGGUCUUAAAGCUGGUACACCAUACGUGGUUCAAGUCCGAGCCAGAACAGUGGCAGGUUAUGGGCGUUACAGCAGUGCAGCAGACUUCAGCACCAAUCUGCAAACUGACCCACCAAAGUCAUGGCAGGAGCAGCUGCCACUCAUCGUUGGAUCCAUCACAGCAGCCUUAGUCUUCAUCAUUGCAGUUGUGGUCCUCGGGAUUGUCUGCCUCAGAAAACAAAGAAAUGGUUCAGAGUCAGAAUAUACAGAGAAACUCCAGCAGUAUAAAUCCCCAAUAGUAACGCCGGGAAUGAAGGUCUACAUUGACCCUUUCACCUAUGAGGAUCCCAAUGAAGCAGUGCGCGAGUUUGCCAAGGAGAUUGACGUGUCCUGCGUGAAGAUCGAGGAGGUCAUUGGCGCAGGUAACCCACCAAAGCUCCUGAGCUACAGGGGGAAGACUGCUAGUCACCUCCAGGCCAUACCAUUAGAGGACUUCACACCAAGCGGAGAGUUUGGGGAGGUCUGCAGAGGUCGACUGAAGCUGCCUGGGCGCCGGGAAAUAAUUGUAGCCAUCAAGACUUUAAAGGUGGGCUAUACUGACCGCCAGAGGCGAGACUUCCUGUCUGAAGCAUCUAUCAUGGGUCAGUUUGACCAUCCCAACAUUAUUCGUCUGGAAGGAGUGGUUACCAAGAGUCGUCCAGUGAUGAUUGUGACCGAGUUCAUGGAAAAUGGUGCACUGGACUCUUUUCUAAGGCUCAAUGAUGGGCAGUUCACAGUGAUCCAACUUGUUGGCAUGUUGCGCGGUAUCGCAGCUGGAAUGAAAUACCUGUCAGACAUGAACUACGUUCACAGAGACCUGGCUGCACGAAACAUCCUCGUAAACAGCAAUCUGGUCUGCAAGGUAUCAGAUUUUGGGCUGUCUCGAUUCCUUGAAGACGACCCCACAGAUCCCACCUACACCAGCUCCCUGUAUUUCAUGCUUACAUACUCAUUCGCAUAUCCACAGGGAGGAAAAAUCCCUAUCCGCUGGACAGCGCCUGAAGCUAUUGCAUACCGGAAGUUCACUUCAGCGAGUGAUGUGUGGAGCUAUGGUAUAGUCAUGUGGGAAGUUAUGUCGUAUGGAGAGAGACCAUAUUGGGACAUGAGCAAUCAAGACGUGAUAAAUGCUGUAGAGCAGGACUAUCGACUACCCCCACCCAUGGACUGUCCCACAGCUUUACACCAACUAAUGCUCGACUGCUGGGUUAAAGAGAGGAACUUGCGACCCAAAUUCACCCAGAUUGUGGCCACGCUGGAUAAACUUAUUCGGAAUGCAGCAAGCCUCAAAGUGGUCACCAACAGCACACAGUCUAGUGGGGUAUCCCAGCCUUUGCUUGAUCGCAGUGUCCCAGACUAUACCACUUUCACCACUGUGGGGGACUGGCUGGAUGCCAUCAAGAUGAGCCGCUACCGUGACAACUUUGUCAACGCCGGAUUUGCAUCCUUUGACCUGGUGGCCCAGAUGACUGCAGAGGACCUCCUGCGGAUAGGGGUGACGUUGGCUGGUCAUCAGAAGAAAAUACUUGGUAGCAUUCAGGACAUGAGACUACAGAUGAAUCAAACACUUCCUGUCCAGGUGUGAGCAGCAGGUCAAACAAGACGGAUGCAGUCAAAGGACAGCCAGACAAGAAAAGGGGAGAAACUGUGCCAGAGAGGGCCACUGGAAAACCCUAGCUGCCUGACCCAUCUUUGCCAACUGGACACUAUGAAACUGGCUUGCAGUGCCUAAGAGUAUAUUUUUUUUCUUUAUUUCAAUACCACUUACAUUUCCUGUCCCGACUCUUUUGUUGUUUGCAUUGUUUCUUUCAUCCAUCCAAAUUGAAUGAAUAUGUUCUUGAACAAAGCCGAAUUUCCCCUACUUCCCAUGUGUGCCUCACCAACUCUUGAAUGGGUUGAUGUUUGCAUGCAUGUUUUUUGUCAACUUGGCCUUAUUAGUGCUCUGAUCCUCAUGCAAGACCCUGUUUUCUUAACUUUCUGAGUGUAAAAGACAUGGCAAAGGAUAAACCUUGAUAGAAGUAGAUGAAGUGAUAAAGACAUAUCUCUGCCAGACCACAGAAGGCAGAGGACCAUUAUCUCCCCAAGAGAAGCUGUUUUACUGUGCAUGUGUAUUAUUCUUCAUCUUCAUAUUGAAGGUGUGUUACCUAAAAGAGCAGUUACUUGGAGAGGCAUGGAGUGGUGAAGGAAAAAUGUUUAAACGUGCUGCAGUCAAAGGUUAAGAGGAUGACAGACGUCAAAGGAAAGGAGCCACGUUUUUUGGACACCUGCUUCGACUUUUGGGUCACGAGGCGACCUCUUCACUACAACCUAAAGUGACUUAGGAUUGUUCCUUUUUGUGGGAACACCUACUAAUCAGCUGUUUUUUAUUCACAUGAAAUCAUGUCCACGCAACAACAUUUUCUGUUUAGUUUUUUUUCCCUUUGUUCCAUCUUUUCUCACACAUUUCUUGGAAAUUGUGGCCAGUCCAGUCAGUACCCUAUCCACUGAACACUUUAUGUGACAAUUUUAAAACAAGGACUGGGGCAACACUGUUUGAAAGACCUCCUGGCCUUGUGUGUGCAUUUUUUUUUCCAAUGUGAGUGUCUACUUGUGUGUGUGUAUGCACAUGAGUGUGUGUAUGUUUGUUUGACUGAUGAGUGUUUGGACAUACGAGAGUGCGCCAGGUUGCACAUGUAAAAUACAGCUUCCGUAAUUUGACAUCAUGGAGAAUUAACGCAUGAACUGAUCUGUAAUAAGCAUAAACUAUAUCUGAAAUAAUUAUGCUUUAUUCUGUGGACAGCUGUAAAACAUUCACCUUUCUUUAUUGGAUCCCCAAAAUGGACUUUGAUCCCACGCACAUGUACACAAAUACACACACACACAAUCAUGACUGACAAUUUUUUUUCUGCUUACUAAUAUCUGGAUUUAGAAAUAAUCAAAAAAGAUCUUAUCUAUGCUUCUUGUCAUCCUUCCCUGUGUAUUUAUUUGUACCUCACCCACCAACCCAUGCUCUCAUUAUCAUAAAAAUGGACUAGCUUGUUUUGGCAAAGUGAAACAAUCAGAGAGAAGAGGGAACUCCAAGAGACGUCACCUGAUGAAAUUAUUAAUAAAAGUAAUUGCAUAUAUAUUGGAUUUUGUAUUUUGUUGUUGUUCUAAACAGCCUGUACAGGUUUUGUAACAAAAGUGAGAUAAAUGACUAAAUUGUGUAAAGCAUUUGUCUCAGAGUGAAUUCAUCAGCAAAUUAUAGUUGUCAAGAGAGAGAAAGAAACUUCGCUCAUGUUCAGUUGCUGGUAAUAGUGUGCUGUUUUUGUUCUGCAUACAUGGUUAUCUCAGUGUUGACUGUGAAGGUGUGUAUGAGUUUUUAGUGUGCCACAUGAACCUGAUAUUCACCCUCCCCAGCCCCAUUUUCAUUCUCAACAUAAAGAGUAUUUGUGAAGCACUGGGCUGUUACUAAUUGUCUUCCAGGCACAUAAUUUUCAUCUAUCGUGAACCACUCAACUGUUGUCCAACCCAUUUUACACAAGCCUGUCAAGAGGUUUGUAAGGGAAUAGGCCAAGGGAUAGUGUUGCAUCAAAUUAGUCACCUCACCUUUGUAUUGUUUUGGUAAGCCUAGGAGCAAGAGCUCUAUUGCAGGUUCCACUGCAUUCAACAGGAUCCUCAUUAGAGAAUCCUUAGCUGUCUUUCAGGAGAAAUCUAUUUUUCUUUUUCUGUCAGCUCGAUUAAUGCAGCAGCCAAUCAGGCAUUGCAAGGAUAUGGAUGUGCAGCACACAGGCAUUUGCAGACACAGGGCAUACAGGCUUACCAUUAUCUCUCAUUCAUUUCCUGUCUGGCCUUCAAUCACCCAGACUCAAGCUCCGGGUGUUGCAUGAUUAGCACAAAGCAGAAUCAACAGUAAGGGGAAUACAGGCUAGCCGAAAUCUGGAUCCAGAUUCCUCUUAACUGAUAGCAGCUGCAUCUUUGAGGCCACGCUAUUUGCGCUUCUCACAACGAGGGUGUCUGGUGCCAUUGGAUUAGGGAGUGGGGCGGUAUCGUUGCUGUGAUCUUCAAGAUAGCCAUCAUAUUGUUUGGAUUAAAGUUGAUCAAUUCAGCAUGUUGACACAAGUCCUUGUAGUAUUGCAAUAUUUUUGGCAGUACAGCGGGUCUUUCCACUUCUUUAGAGAACAAUUAUAUACAAAACACAUUUAUAUUUUAUAGUGAUCAAUUUUCUCUCGUGCAGAUAAUUUUGUUAAUAAUCAUUAAUAAUAGUAAUGUUCUUAAUAAUUUUUUUAAUGUAGUUAAACUGUAAGGAGCUUCCUAACUUUUUAGCUUUUAAUUUGUCAUCAUCAAAAAUGAUAAAUUUAGAUGAAUCAUUAUGUUAAUAAAUAAAUAUAGUGAACUGAUAAUGAUUUCAAAAUGGCUUUAACCAGGGAUAUUUUAAAUAAUUUUUUAUUAAUAAGUUCUUUACCAGGACUCAGAUUAUUGUAAAAGAUGCAAUAGCUUCGAUAUUAGUAAAGUGACUGCAGUCAGAAUCAAAGGAUUGCCAUGAAUUACUUAGUGUCCAUUCCCUUUUUUUUUCUCCAGCCGUAUCAAUCUAUUAGUCCCUUUAGCUCCUCUGCUGCUAUAAUUUGCAUGUGACUUUAAAUCAGGUGUUAUUGAUGUGCACUGAAAUACAGGAACAUGACCAGGAUAAAGGGGCUAAACACAAUCAGAUUGCAAACAUGCAUGCUCAAGCAGCAACUUUUUGAUGAGUUGCACAUGGUGAAUUGAGAUCUGGAGCUAUGUUCAGCAGAGUCAAACUGGCCAUGAUUGAUGGGCUUAAUAGAAACAUUUUCACACAUUUAAAAGAUUUACCCAUGUUAACUGCUCGCUAACACUCAAUUCAUAGGAUUCUUUUAUAUACUCUGCACAGAAAGGAACCGCAUUUCCUGUUUUUUUCUGUUCAUCCAUCAAGACUCAUUUCAUUGAAAUUAGGAUAAACUGUUACAUUUGUAUGUAUGAGUGAAUGGAAUAAAACAAAUGCAUUUUAUAAAAAGCUGUUUAAUAGUCGCCAGAGACUCAGCUAUGUUAUCAAAAGUGCUAAUAGGAGACUAAUUAUACAAACAUUGCUCAUCUAUUUCUUUCUCUGUUCAACAUUUAACAGAUUAUCACAGACUACACUCCCUACUGAGAUUAACACUACCCCCUCUACGCAUUAAGCACACUCUAGCUUUGUUUUCAAACAUGGCUAUUUCAAAUAAUAUACAGUGGAUUUCUUUUUUGUCCUCUAACAUGUCCACAGACUUGCUUUUUUGUCAACUUUGUCACUUUUUAGUUUUUCCUAACAAAAGACAACACUUUUCAGAGAGUACUGUACAUGAUAAGUAAAACAAGAUCGGCGGGGCUGGAAGAAUGAAAUGCAAUUGUUACUUCCUCUUUGAAAAGCAUUGAGAUGUAUUUAAUGGUGCACAUACACACAACAAACUACUAAAGAAGAUGCAUUCUUGUAGAAAUAUUUUUAAGAUACCCUUUUUUGUAAUUAAAUUAUUUAAGAAAUGU